AAUCAUCUUUCACCUCCAUAAAACCCAAACCCUAGUCCGAUCCCCUUUCCAUCCUCCUCCAGACUCGCCGAGCUCAGCCGCGCCCCGAGAUCGACCGCAGCACCGCCGCAAGUUCUCCGACAUCAAUCCGCCAUGGGUAAGGUCCACGGAUCUCUGGCUCGCGCCGGUAAGGUGAGGGGGCAGACGCCCAAGGUCGCGAAGCAGGACAAGAAGAAGAAGCCGCGCGGCCGCGCCCACAAGCGCAUGCAGUACAACCGCCGCUUCGUCACCGCCGUCGUCGGCUUCGGCAAGAAGAGAGGGCCCAACUCGUCGGAGAAGUGAGCUCGCCAUUGAACGCCGAGGAAGAUGGUUUGGUGAAGAAGGAACGAUGAUGGCUCGGUUUCGAUGAGUUUUGCACCCUUUUAUUUUUUAUUGGAAAGCUUUAAAAUUUAUUGUGUAUGCGACUCGAUUUCGGUGCUCGACCGAUUGAAUUUUACUGAUGAUUAGUAGAGAUCAUGGGAUUCGGUUCUUGCCA